CCCUCCCCCCACCCCCCCUUCCCUCUGGACCCAGUUCCAGGCAGACUCAGCAGAUGUCUGAAAGCUUGGCAUCAGGGCUUUUUUUUCCGCAGAGUUCAGUCCCUCCCAGAUGAAAAUGCGGUGCAAGGAAGGAACUGCACUCUCAUCUCUGGAAAAAUUAAGCGCCUCCUAACAAUACAGAAGUGGGGGAAAGAAGGAGCCAAAGCCAGAAGAAGAAGAAGGCGCACUGCAGCUUGAUUCUGCUUCAUGUUCAAGUUGAGCUUUAGAUUCUUGACUCAGUUUUUGUGAGACUUCUUCCUUCUGCAGAGGAGAGAGAGGGAGAUCUAGGAGCCUUCCCACGCAGCCAGCUACCUAUCUGGCCUACCUUCCUACCUACCUACCUACCGCUGCUUUUUGGAGUUGACAGGCUGCCACGCAAUAAAUAAAUCAUCAAAAAAAAAGCUGCAAUGCAGUGAGGGUCGUGUUCCUGUUCUCUCAGGCAGCCAGUGCGUGGAGAAAGAGACAGCAUCUUCUUUUCUGUUUCUUUUGUCUCUCCGGGGGGUUUGAGGAGGCAGCAACAACAGCUUCAUGUAGACUUGAAGCUAGGUGGCUACACAGAGAGGAUUGAUGCUUUGACGGAAAGGAAAGGAGGGACUGAAGCUGAGAGGGAGGGAAAGUUUUGAAAAAGAGGGCGGGAACAAGGGAGUGUGUGAAUUACAGAGCAAAAAAGAGAAGAGAGAGAAAAAGAAGCGAGAAGACACUUGGGCUGUCAGGAAGGAGAGAAGACAAAAAAGGCCCGAGGGGGAUCAGAGGAGCAGGGCCCGGUGGAGUCGACCAGAGGAGAGGAGGAGGGAGUGACAGGCGGAGCAUCGCGUGCCGGAGAGAAGUGGAAGAAGGGACACCGGCAAGACGAGGAAGAGGGGAGUGUACGAGGGAGAAUUUGAAUGUGUGAGACAGCCGUGGACUGAAGGCAUCGUCGGCUCAUGGUCUUAGAGCACAGACAGAGGAGAAGAGGAGGAGGAGACGUGGAGACGCACAGGGAAGACAGCGAGAGGAGGAGGAGGAGAGUGGAGAGCUGGUCAGCAGUUGUUCCUUUAGAUCAGACCAUGAUGGGGCUCUACUUCCCUGCAGUGCUACCGGGCUCUCAGGAUUCGACAGGAGGACAGGAGGGUUUGGUGGCCCCACCCUUCUCAGCGUUCCCCCCUCCGCCGCCUCCUCAGAACGGGCUGCCAGGGACGGAGUUUGUCCCCGGGGCCAUGUUUGGUGCUGGGGGCCAGGGGACCGCGGACGUAGGGGCCGGUGCAAACGGAGCCAGCACAACUCCCCCCACCAUCAACAACGUAAAGGCAGAUGAGGUGUCCCAGGGCGAGGUGGGCGUGCAGUGCAGUUCAGGAGGCACGGGAUCAGUCGGCUCGGCGGACGACCCCUCAGAGGCCAAAGGGACCCCGAAACGCCUCCACGUCUCAAACAUCCCCUUCCGCUUCCGGGACCCCGACCUCAGGCAGAUGUUCGGGCAAUUUGGGAAGAUUCUGGAUGUCGAGAUAAUCUUCAAUGAGAGAGGUUCAAAGGGUUUUGGCUUUGUGACAUUUGAGACCAGCGCAGACGCAGAGAAAGCCAGAGAAAAGCUGCACGGCACGCUGGUGGAAGGUCGUAAGAUUGAGGUGAACAACGCCACCGCCAGAGUCAUGACCAACAAGAAAAUGGUCAGCCCCUACCCCAACGGAGAGGCCCUCAGCACACUGCCUUAUGCAGGGUGGAAGCUGAGUCCUAUGAUGGGGGCGGUGUACGGACCCGAGCUGUACGCAGGCUCAACGUUUUCCUCCUUUAACUCUCCAUCUUUAGUCCCCGGGUUCCCUUACCCGUCUGCAGCAGCAGCAGCCACCACAGCAGCUGCGGCUUUUCGCGGCGCCCACCUCCGGGGUCGAGGCCGACCCGUGUACAGCGCCGUGCGGGCCGCCGUGCCUCAGCCCGCCAUCCCUACCUACCCCGGUGUGGUGUAUCAGGAUGGGUUUUACGGAGCUGCAGACUUGUAUGGAGGCUAUCCUGCAGCUGCUGCCGCCGCCGCUGCUGCCUAUCGCUAUGCUCAGCCCGCCGCUGUAACCGGAGCAACCGCCGCUGCUGCUGCCUACAGUGACAGUUAUGGCCGUGUGUACACCACAGACCCCUACCACGCUUUAAGUCCAGCUGCUGCUGCUUACGGAGUCGGAGCCAUGGCGAGUUUAUACCGGGCGGGAUACAGCCGGUUCGCUCCGUACUAAAAAAAACACAAACCACACCCGAGGAAUCUCACAUCGCUCCAAACCACCUCCCUUUUUCUUUUUUUUUAAGCUCUUUGUUUGGCAGCAGCUCCUCUUCAUCUCCCUGCAGACGGACUUCAGCCACUGCUCUCUCUCUCUCUCUCUCUCUCUCUCUCUCUCUCUCUCUCUCUCCCCCCCCCUCUCUCUC